GGUAUGAUGACUGUAGGAAAUCAUUCUAUGGUCACUGAGUUUAUCCUCAUGGGAUUAACAGAUGAACCAGAGCUCCAACUUCCCCUGUUCCUCUUGGUCUUUGGAGUCUACAUUUUAUCCACGGCAGGAAACCUGGGCUUGGUUCUGUUAAUCAAGAUCAGCUCUCAGCUUCACACCCCCAUGUAUUAUUUCCUCAGGAACCUGUCCUUCAUAGAUCUCUGCUAUUCCUCUGUCAUUAUUCCCAAAAUGAUGGUGAACUUUGUAUCAGAAGAAAACAUUAUCUCUUUUCCAGGCUGUUUAACUCAAUUUUUUUUCUUUGGUUAUUUUGCUGUUUCUGAGUGCUACAUGCUGGCAGCCAUGGCUUAUGAUCGUUAUGUUGCCAUCUGUCACCCUUUACUUUACCACAUCACCAUGUCUCAGAGGGUAUGCUUCCUACUAGUAGCUGGAGUGCAUAUCAUUGGGGUAUGUGGGGCCAUUAUCCAUACAAGCUUCUUGGCUGACCUAACCUUCUGCAGAGGUAAGGUCAUCGACCAUUACUUUUGUGAUAUCCUUCCCCUCUUGAAGCUCUCUUGUUCAAACACCCACAUCAAUGAAUUUCUUUUAGUGAUUUAUGCUGGAAUCAAUGUAUUUCUGACAACCCUGUCCAUUUUUAUCUCUUAUGCUUUCAUCCUUUCAAACAUCCUGCAAGUCCACUCUGCUGAAGGUAGGGCUAAAGCCUUUAAGACUUGUGGCUCCCAUGUUGCAGUUGUUGCUGUAUUCUAUGGUUCCGUAAUCUUCAUGUAUUGUAAGCCAUCAUCUGGUGACAACAAUUCUCAGGAGAAGGUGGCAUCAGUGUUUUAUACCAUAGUGAACCCAAUGCUGAAUCCCAUGAUCUACAGCUUCAGGAAUAAGGAUGUAAAAGAUUCCUUGAGAAAAGUCACAAAGAACAAUUGGUUCUAA